AUGCGAUUGGCGCUGCUCGCAGUUGGAGGAGCAACAGUUGCUGCCACCGCAGCAGCCACAACAAAGCCAAAGAGCGAUGUCAAGUCCAAAACUGAACCAGCAAUUCCAUCCACCAAGAAGCCCACAACAGGCGCUAAAGCAACCACAACGACAACAACACGUCAGUCGAAGGCUCUGAAAGCUGUGCCCGGCGAGAAUCGUGGCAAACGGACGCUCUACGACUUUGGCAAUGCGGGCUAUCUGUAUCCGGAGGUGGCAAGUCGCCGGGCCGGCUACGUGGAUAACUAUUAUACACAGUCGGGCUACUACAAUGGUCAGCAGGCCAUAGCUCAAUAUCCGGGCAGCUUUGGCGGUGGCUAUGCGCCAUAUCCGCAGUAUCUGGAGGCGCCGGAGCCCAUCAUUGAGAUCAUCAUCAAGGAUGCGAAUGAAACGCUUGCCGAGGAGCCAGUGCAGCCGACGGUGACCAAGAAGCAGAAGAAGAAGAAGGAGAAGGUGCAUGUAUUCUAUGUGAACUACAAGAAGGAUCAGAACAACAAGCUGCAUCUGGAGUCGCCAAUUGCCUCCUUAAACAAUGAUGACAACGACGAGCCCGAAGAGGAGGAGGAGGAAGAGGAGAUUGUACAGUAUCCAGUGACACCAUUGCCACCACUCAAAUCCACCACACUGCGCACCAUCAUCCAUCCCGACUCGGAGAAGUAUCACAGCAACAGUGGCAUCCAUGUGUCCUUUGGUGCCGAGAACAAACAUCAAACGGGACACAUUCUGGAGGAGCACGAUGCCGAGAGCAUUCAACGUCAGGUGGUGGCUCUGCCUUUGACCAACACACGUGCCGACUAUGGACGCGAGAGCAGCUUUGCUCGUGGCCACGCCUCCAACUUGUUGUACAGCAGCAGCAACGCCUAUCAGUCAGCGCAGCAGCAGCAAGCGCCGCAGCAAUUGCACUUUUCCCAUCAGCAACAGUUGCCAGCGCAGCACAGCAGCAACUACUUUAGGCUGCCAGCUAGCAAGCCACCACAGCAAUCCCAACCACAGCAGCAGCACCAACAAUUACAGUACUAUCAAAAGCCGCAGCAGCAGCCGCAGCAACAACAGCAGCAGCAACAUGUUGCACGUCCCAGCAUUACACAGCAACAAUUGCCUUCGACUUCAUCGCAGACCAUCUUCAACAAGUUGGUGCAACAAUCACAGUUCUAUGUCAAUCACAAUCAGCAAUAUGCGACGCAGCCACAGCAACAGCAACAGCAAUAUCAGAAGCCACCUCAUAAACAGGUGCAGGUGCCAUUCUUUCCAACCAUUCCACCAAAAUCGCCAGAGUUGCCAUCGCGUCCAAGUCUAGCGCCAUAUCAGCCCAUCAAGUUCCGUCCAACGCCCGCGCCAACAGCACAAACGAAGCCAUUGCAGCUGCCGCUGCAACAUCAACAACAACAGCAAUAUCAAAGUGCAACUCAGUCGCAUUCCAAGCCGCAGCCUUAUCAGUUUAUCAGACAGCCACAGUUUGUGCAACAGCCGCAAUUUAUUGUGCACUCACCGACGCCAGCAACCGACUACUAUGCACAGCAGCAACAUCAGCAAUCGCAGCAAUCGCAGCAGCAACACAAGUAUUCCUCGCCAGCACUCAGCUACUUUGACAUUAAACCCUCCAAGGAGACGGAGCUGCUCAAGUCCAUACCCAAGUAUGAGCAACAUAUCACCGAAACAGUGCAGAAUCAGCCAUCCCAGCAGCAACAUCAGCUGUCACUGCAGCAAUUUGCCUACAGCAACACUCGCAACGAGGUGAUACAUGAUGUACCUGCUCCCAAUCUGGCACCAGCAGCUGUUAGUGUGGCUCAACCUCAAGCACAGCCCAUUACUGGACAUUACAUUACCGCCAGCUCAGCCCACAUCUCCCAGCAACAACAGCAGCAGCAACAACAGCAGCAAUCUCAUUACAACAAUUAUCCUAGUGAGUCGCCGCCUGUUUAUGCCGAGUCCACACAUGGACAGAAGGUAAUGGUGGUCACACCGGUGCCACCUUCCGCCAGCUAUGCCACAUACCAGCAAUAUCCACAGGGCAACACUGAGCACGUGAUUCAGGUGCAUCCUCAGGCCCAGCAGCCGAGACAGAGUCCAGCUGGAGCACAGUUCAAUGCCGCUGCACCGGGUGACAAUUCACCCUUCAGUGUGUCCACCUAUCACUCGGAUGUGUUCAAGGAGCUGCAGCAGCGACAGCAACAAGAGAAACCCCAACAACAACAGCAACAGCAACAACAGCCACCAACUAACUAUGUUACUCCCAUUAAACCAGCAGCAGCUGCAGUCUCUGCCUCUGCCCCAUCCUCUCCAGCUCCUUUGCCAACUGCUGCGCCCAAGCCCAAUGGCAAGGCAUCCCAAACAUUGCUCCAGCUGCCCGACGAGGUGCCCGAUGAUCUCCGCCAGCAACUGCUCUCCUCUGGCAUUCUGAACAACGCGGACAUUUCAAUCCUGGACUAUGACAAGCAGGGUGACAUUGCACUGGAGAAUCUGCCAGCGGAGCAUCUGCAGCAUUUCUAUGGUGCCGGCGGCGGAGCUCAAAUUGCCGAGACAAACAAGGUGCUGACCGUGGUGAAACCCAACGGCGACAAAGUAGCGCUCAGCGAGAAGCAAAUUGAUCGCGUCAAGCAGUCAAAUUCCCUGCCCCAAAAGCAGAAUCUGGACGUGAAAGUGGUGCGCUAUGAUGCAGCCCAGGGACAGAGUGUGAGUGAGAAAUACGUGCGCACAGACGCCACUGUGGUGACACCUGUCGAGUUGGCCGAUCGCCAGCAAUACAAUCGCUAUCUGCCGCUGAAGAUCAAUGGCGCACAGUUCCCCAUACCCGACACUGAGGAGCUGCUGGGCAAGAAGAUCGUCAGUGUUGUGGUACUAGCUCCUGUCGAGGCACAAACACAGUCACAGUCAAUUGAGGCACGCAGCAGCGUCGACAGCAGAGAGGUCAAGUUCCUGGGUGGCGAGCUGGUCAAGACGCUGGUCAAGAAGCCCACCAAGGACAACUUCAAGCGUUGGCUGGAGAAGGAGGCACGCACGGAUAUCGAGCUGCAGUCGGUGGUGCUGCUAGUGACCAAAUCCAGCGAUACGGCAGAGCAGGAAAUCUUCAUGUACGACAUUGCCACGGGCAACGUCAACAAACUGAAUGGAGAACUGUCCAGCACCUUUGUAAAUGUCGCUGAGGAGAAUGCGAGCAGCGAGGAUUUGGAGCAUGCAGCCACAUUGGAUCCUAGUUCGCUGGAGUCCAUGAUGCAUUUGCGUCGCAGAUGAAGUAAUCGCCGUAAAUCACCACAUGCCAUUUAGAUACUCGACCUAUAAACCUUUUCCUGCGCUAUAAAUCUACUUCUUUCACAUUUCCCUUCCCCUCCCAUUGAGCGCACAUUUUCACAAGGAAAAGAGGAAAAACCAUACACAUAUGGAAGGAAACUUUCAUUGAUUGUAUUCCUUUUCGUAGUAUUUCAAAUGUUGUAAAUAUUCUGAUGAUUAUUGUAAUUUAAGUUAAUUUACGUGAACAAUAAAAACAAAUUUAAAUGAAA